AUGGCCCGCGAUCGGGAACAGCUCGCGGCCACGGCCGACACGGAGCGCGUCGAGGCGCCCGUCACUGCCAAGGCCUAUCUCAUGUGUGCCUUUGCGGCCUUUGGCGGUAUCUACUUUGGUUACGACUCGGGUUACAUCAACGGUGUGCUGGCCAUGGACUACUUCAUCGAGCGCUUCGAGCACCUGGACAAGGCCACCACCCCGGCCAAGGACUUCGUUGUGCCCUCGUGGCAGAAGUCGCUCAUCGUCUCCAUCCUGUCCGCCGGUACCUUCUUUGGUGCCCUGAUUGCUGGUGACCUGGCCGACUGGUUCGGUCGCCGCACCACCAUCAUCACUGGCUGUAUGGUCUUCGCCGUCGGUGUCGCCCUGCAGACCGCCUCUUCCGCCUAUCAGCUGCUGGUCGCUGGCCGCCUGAUCGCCGGGUUCGGUGUCGGCUUCGUGUCCGCCAUCAUCAUCCUGUACAUGUCCGAGAUUGCGCCCCGCAAGGUGCGUGGCGCCAUCGUCUCGGGUUACCAGUUCUGCAUCACCAUCGGCCUGAUGCUGGCCUCGUGCGUCGACUAUGCCACCGAGAACCGCAACGACUCGGGCUCCUACCGCAUCCCCAUCGGCAUCCAGCUGGCCUGGGCCCUCAUCCUGGGCGUGGGGCUGUUCCUGCUGCCCGAGUCGCCGCGUUACUUUGUCAAGAAGGGCAAGCUGGACAAGGCGGCCGAGGUGCUGUCGCGCGUGCGUGGUCAGCCGCAGGACUCGGAGUACAUCCAGCAGGAACUGGCGGAGAUUGUGGCCAACCACGAGUACGAGAUGCAGCUCAUCCCGCAGGACGGCUACUUCUCCAGCUGGCUGAACUGCUUCCGCGGGAGCCUCUUCAAGCCGAACAGCAACCUGCGCCGGACGAUUCUGGGCACUUCGCUGCAGAUGAUGCAGCAGUGGACUGGUGUCAACUUCGUGUUCUACUUCGGUACCUCCUUCUUCACUGCUCUGGGCACCAUCUCCAACCCCUUCCUCAUCAGCAUGAUCACCACCAUCGUCAACGUCUGCUCGACCCCCAUCUCCUUCUGGACCAUGGAGAAGAUGGGCCGUCGCCCGCUGCUGAUCUGGGGUGCGCUGGGCAUGGUGAUCUGCCAGUUCAUCGUCGCCAUUGUCGGUGUCACGGACGGCCAGAACCACCAGGCCGUCAGCGCCAUGAUCUCGUUCAUCUGCAUCUACAUCUUCUUCUUUGCCAGCACCUGGGGUCCGGGCGCCUGGGUCGUCAUUGGUGAGAUCUACCCGCUGCCGAUCCGGUCGCGCGGUGUGGCUUUGUCGACCGCCUCCAACUGGCUGUGGAACUGCAUCAUCGCCGUCAUCACCCCCUACAUGGUGGACCAAGACAAGGGCAACCUCGGCCCCAAGGUGUUCUUCAUCUGGGGCUCCCUGUGCGCGCUGUGCUUCCUCUACGCGUACUUCCUCGUCUACGAGACCAAGGGCUUGACCCUGGAGCAGGUCGACAAGAUGAUGGAGGAGGCGACCCCGAUCACGUCGGCCAAGUGGAAGCCGCACAGCACGUUCGCGGCCGAGAUGGGUCUGACUGACAAGACGACUGUUGUGCACGAGGAGGGGAAGUAA